AGUUCAGGCUUGACUACAGACAGGAGUGUGGAGUAUAUUCACGAUGGUCAAUACAGUAUUACCCUGUUGUUUAUUAUUGUUGGCUUUAAGUGGUGGAAAUGCCGUAAACUAUAUUCUGGAUAUAUCCGUCAAAUGUGGUACAACAAAGGUAAACAACCCAGUUGUGAAUAUAUUAACGGAUGUGGCUAUAUCCGCUCGAGCGCGUUGCUAUGGUGGUGAUCAGACUUUUACAACGACAGAUAAAGUUCAUUACACCCUCCCUGGUACUUUAACUUCAGCUAAAAAAACCUGUAGAUGGCAUCAACGUACUGGAUCGUAUACAUAUUCUGUAGACGUGUUAGUAAGAUAUGGUGAAGUUGGUAGUUUGAUUUUAACCAAAGAUAAAAUAACGACAGUAGUUUGUACAUAUGAUCAAUAUGGAAAACAUGCCUCGCCUCAACAUAAUGUUCUUGACAACUUCAUAGCACCUCGCGAACUUGGUACAAUCAUAGGAUCUACUGUACCCAGCAGCCAAUUAAAAUUGAGUAUUCAAGAUGUUCAUAAUGAUGAUGUUAAAGGCGAUAUGAAUAUAGAUAGAAAGUAUACUAUAUAUGGAAUAUACAAUGGUCCCAGUAAAGGUGUAGGGUUGAAACCAGUUCACUGUGAUGCUGUGUCUAGUAGUGGAAAACGUUAUGCUAUAUUGCGAGCUGGAUGUGGCGAUGGAUUGGUAUUCAGGAAACAGGAUGGCUUUAUAACUUCCGGAAAAACUUUUCGUAGCCCCUAUUUUGAAGGCUAUCAUUUAGAUGACAGUAAGAGUCUAUCGGUUGAAUGUAAUGUAACAUUAUGCACAAACUGUGGUGGGUCGUCAUGUGACACCGUAUGUAAUGGACCCCCCGUAUUCGCAAUAAUCAACGGUAAAAGAGGUACCUGUGUAGGAGGUUAUAAGUACAAAUCUGUCUGUACGUUCAUCUGUAACCCGGGCUUUAACAAAUUAUUUACUGGAGUGUCGGCUUGUGGACCGGAUGGAAUGUGGACUGUGCCAAAAAUUACUUGUACUGCUAAAAACUGUGGAACCCCGCCACUUAUUGGAAACGGAGCUAGAACCGCUGUACGAACAUAUUUCCCGAAUGCCGCAGCAUACAGGUGUAAUGCUGGAUAUAAUAUGAUCGGAUCUGGAGUGGUUCGGUGCUUAUCAACGGGACUAUGGUCGGCCAGACCAACCUGUGCCGCUAAAAACUGUGGAAGGCCGCCACUUAUUGGAAACGGAGCUUUUACCGCUGUACGAACGUAUUUCCCGAAUGCCGCAACAUACAGGUGUAAUGCUGGAUAUAAUAUGAGAGGAUCUGGAGUGGUUCGGUGCUUAUCUACCGGGCGAUGGGCGGCCAGACCAACUUGUGUCGCUAAAGACUGUGGAAAGCCGCCACUUAUUGGAAACGGAGCUUUUACCGCUGUACGAACGUAUUUCCCGAAUGCCGCAGCAUACAGGUGUAAUGCUGGAUAUACAAUGGUAGGAUCUGGAGUGGUUCGGUGCUUAUCUACGGGGCGAUGGGCGGCCAGACCAACCUGUGCCGCUAAAAACUGUGGAACCCCGCCACUUAUUGGAAACGGAGCUAGAACCGCUGUACGAACAUAUUUCCCGAAUGCCGCAGCAUACAGGUGUAAUGCUGGAUAUGCAAUGAUAGGAUCUGGUGUGGUUCGGUGCUUAUCUACGGGGCGAUGGGCGGCCAGACCAACCUGUGCCGCUAACUGUGGAACCCCGCCAAAUAUUGCAAACGGAGCUAGAAGUGCUGUACGAACGUAUUUCCCGAAUGCCGCAACAUACAGGUGUAAUGCUGGCUAUAAUAUGAGAGGAUCUGGAGUGGUUCGGUGCUUAUCUACGAGACGAUGGGCGCCCAUACCAGUUUGUGUCGCUAAAAACUGUGGAAAGCCGCCACUUAUUGGAAACGGAGCUUUUACCGCUGUACGAACGUAUUUCCCGAAUGCCGCAGCAUACAGGUGUAAUGCUGGAUAUACAAUGGUAGGAUCUGGAGUGGUUCGGUGCUUAUCUACGGGGCGAUGGGCGGCCAGACCAACCUGUGCCGCUAACUGUGGAACCCCGCCAUAUAUUGCAAACGGAGCUAGAACUGUUGUACGAACGUAUUUCCCGAAUGCCGCAACAUACAGGUGUAAUGUUGGAUAUAAUAUGAGAGGAUCUGGAGCGGUUCGGUGCUUAUCUACGAGACAAUGGGCGCCCAGACCAACCUGUGUCAUAAAGAAUUGUGGAAUUCCACCAAAUAUGAGGAAUGGAAUCAAGAGAUAUACAAAAACUACUUAUGGUAGUACCGUCGUCUAUGGUUGUAAUUACGCGUUUAGAAUUGUGGGAAAUCGGAAUGUGGCAUGUUUAUCAACUGGUAAAUGGGGUAGAUUACCAACUUGUGGACGAAUACUUUGUGGAACUCCACCAGCUAUAGCAAACGGUAACAGAACAUUUACACUGACGUAUUUCCCGAAUUUCGCAAUUUACAAGUGUAAUAUUGGAUAUGCUAUGACCGGUUCUGCAAGGGUUCAGUGUUUAUUGACUAACAAAUGGUCGACAAGACCAACCUGUACAAUUACAGAUAAAAGAUGCAGAACGCCGACUAUGCAGGGUGCUGCACGUAUUGUACGUAUAACUGGUAAUAGAGAAGGCGAUACCAUACAACUUGGCUGUAAUAAUGGCAGGAAGCCGGUCUUCCCAAAAACUUUUCCAACAGGAGUCCUUGUUUGUAAAAAUGGUUCUUUCCCACCAUUAAGAUUUACAUGCUGAUAAAGAUUUACAUGGGAUGAAGUCGGGGAUGAGGCCUUGAAUAAACAAUAUCACGAUAAAA